AUGAUAAUUCUAAUGGCUAAAGCAAGACGUCGCACCAGUCCCUAUGACGAACUGUUCGUGCCUCUAAACACCAAGGGUGAGCUCUACGAAGUGUGCCCCGAAGAGUUGUCACCUGCGGAAUGGGAGGACGCCACAGACUCAACCCCGCCGGUAGAAGUGUCAGCUAGAGCGCACAGAAUGCCGCAUUUGCUUAGUCUAUGGCGACUUCCCACCAGAGUUAGGCUGCUGGCCGGCACAGUUCCUAUUGAGAUGGCGCAUGAUGUUGGAGAUGAUCUUCUGUUACGAGAAGCUGUCACUGAACCAGUUUUAGUCAUGUGCACUCUCCCCGAUUACAACUCGCAACCCAAUAUCAACAAGCAAGUCGACCCUAGGUAUCAUGCCAAGGAGACCUUCCAGCUCCUCCCACUUAACAGCAGUAUUAAGGUCCGUCGCACCCAACUCGGCUUUGAAAGUGAGAAGAGAAUGUUCCUAUCCGCGCGCCUCCAAAAAGCUCUCACCUUCUGUCAACUAAAUGUUGACAACUGGAUAAGACAGAUCUCAUACGCAAACUCAACUGUCGUCAGCAAAGCGAAAACGGCUACAGAUCUCAUGAAAGAAGACCACGAACCGGUGAAGUUCGAAAAGGAAAGAAAAUUUACGCUACAAGGUCUAAAAAUUGAUACGUCACGGCUCUUCGGAAAAAGUGAAAAAGUACUGAAGGAUAUCCCAGACGAAACUGAAGGGUCCAUUAUUUUUCUUAGUAAGAACGAACUCGAACAUAUGAAUUACGACGUCUACAGUGACGACGAGGGUAAAGACGAUAAGCACGAUGAUAAAAUUGAACAUGAAGAGUUUUCACAUGAAAAAUCUAAUGGUGACAGAGAAGAUUCCACUCAUAAGAAAAGUAAAUGGUUUAAAAACUUAAAAUUAUUAAAGAGCACGGAUAAACUAGAUGAUAAGUUAACUGCAAUAGAGAAUUCUGAAAGACAUAAGGAUAUCAAAGAUCCUUUCGAUCCUUUAGGUGAAAAACAUAGUUCAAUUGAGAGAUACCAAGACAUGGCGAAACUAAUCGAAGAUAGAUUUGGUGUGUUUAGAAAAAAUGAUGGUACAGCAGAGAAGAGCCAUUCGUAUAAAAGUUUGACUACUUCUUCGUCUGAAAUGGGAACUAGCCAAUGUAGUUCGAGUCACAAGAAACCAGUACUAACUAAAUCAGUGUCCGUGCAAACUGGUAUGCCCGACAGCCCGUGCACAGAAGAAGACAGUGGCAUCGACAUGAAACAUGGCCGAAAAAAUUUAAGCGUAGAUCAAAUUAACUAUUGUGGCUCCAUGGAAAGUAGCUCUAGUUCGGGCAGAAAACUGAAAUCGUUGGAUGAGAACAUGCUCAAGAAGUCAUCAGCUACAAAGUCAUCUACACAUUUGGAGAGGCGACAAAGGAUACAGCCGGAUUUGAUUCCCGAAAAGGCUAUUGCUAAAUCGGAGUCAUACAAUCAAAUCCAGAGUUGUGAGGAAAUAAAUAUGUUUAGUGCUGGGUCGGUAUACAAUGAUAGCGAGUUCGAGGUGAAUUCCAAACAACAUUCUUUUAUAACCGAAAAGUUGUGUUCAGAAUUUCAUGUUAAAACCAAACGAGUUCUGAGUAAAUCCACUUCAAACUUACUUCAUCCUAAAAAACCGAAUGACAAGAAAGAAGGUGGUAACAGCAAUAGUAUGCCAACCAAAACCGAACGAACCGACGAAAAAUCAGUUAACUUUAGAAAAAAGAUUGACAAGCCUCGUGCCCCAACACCGCGAUCAGAAAUAGAUGAAGACCUAUCCGCAGUCAACAUUUCAGAAGAAGAACCACAGAUCCAAAAGAAAGUGCGGCGUUCGAUAUCUUCAAUCCAAAAGAGAAAACUACCUGUGAUAGAAGAUUUACCGUACGGACAAGUAGCAGACGCGGUCGAAAUAGAAGAAGAAAAAAUAGAAACAGAUUCCAACUCGGACAACAUUUAUGCGGAAAUCUGCUCUCCACCAAUCAAAACAAAUGACGACGACUACGACUCGAAUGAUGUCUUAGCAAAUGACCCUGUUAUCUGUAUCGUUAAAAAGGAAGUCAUCACUCGCAACGAUGAAAGAGCGAGACAGAUGAUCGAAAACCAAGACAAUGCUUUUCGUCACAUUGAAGUAGUAGUAAUAGAGAAGACCACGAACUUCGACUUGGACGAUUCCAGCCUCGCGUCCAGCGAUUUUGACGAGACGGGAAGCAAGAACGACGUCUCGAUAAUAGAUUCUUGGGAGCGUGAUAACGUAAAAGUCGAACCAAAACAUGCUAUUAGGUUAGAAAUCACCAGCAAUAUGGAUGACUAUCCGGAGAGCCAUAAUCAAAGCUUAGAUAGGACAGAGAUACAUUUAGGUAAAGAUAAUGUGAUUAGUUUUAGUAACAGUAUCCAUUUAAAUGGUACAUAUCCCAACGAGGCCAUUUAUGAUACUUUAAAAUAA